AUGGCAUCGAUGAAGUUUGAUCUACCGCUGCUGGAUUACAAGACGAGAUUUGCACUGUGGCAAGUCAAGAUGCGGGCGAUUCUAGCACAAUCUUCGGAUCUUGAUGAAGCGCUGGACGGUUUCGGAGGAAAAGGACAAAAGUCAUGGACCGCUGAAGAGAAGCGGAAGGAUUAUUGGUUCAGUUCUUACAAGUCUGUGCAGAGUGGAGAUGUCGUGCGUAUGGGAGAUAACAACCCACGUGAGAUCAUGGGCAUUGGCUCCGUUCAGAUCAAGAUGCAUGAUGGCAUGAUGCACACACUGAAAGAUGUGAGACACAUACCAGGGAUGGCCAAAAAUCUCAUCUCCCUCAGCACACUUGAUGCCGAGGGCUUGUCCACAGAUGUUUCAUCAGUUGGUUCUGAUGAGGAGCAGGAACAUGUUAGCGUGAAGGUGGAGCACGUAGAUGAUCAGGAAGUUAAAAUUGUUAAUAACAAUAUUCAUGAUAUUGUUCAGCACUCACCUCCUGUUUUGCAGCCUCAAAAUCAGUCUAUUGCGAAUCACAGAACAAAGAGGAGUUGUGGAUCUCAUCCACAUUUAAUUGAGGAAUGUGAUAUUAUUCAUUAUGCCUUUAGUUGUGCUGAACAGGUUGAGAACAUUCAUGACCCCGCUAUGUACACUGAAGUUGUUGUUUCUAGUGACCGCGAGAAGUGGAUUUCUGCUAUGCAAGAAGAGAUGCAGUCACUUGAGAAAAAUGGCACAUGGGAUGUUGUGCGCUUGCCUAAACAGAAAAAUGUUGUUCGUUGCAAAUGGAUCUUCAAAAUAAAGGAGGGUUUGUCUUCUAAUGAGCCUCCAAUAUUUAAGACAAGUUGUAAAGCAUAG